CGGACCUUUCUCCUCCUUGAUCACUGGUACCAUGUCGCCUAAAUUGUUCUACGUGUUUCUCUUGUUACUCGCGUUACAGACUAUCUGUAGUGGUUCAUUGGUACGUCGCAAAUGGAAUCCAACAGAUUUAACGCAGUACAAUUCGAUAUAUUACAAUCCACAAACCGGGGAGGGUUUGAAAGCGGAAUUGGAGGACCUCGGUAGAAAUCCCUUGACCUCCAAAAUCGCUUACCGAGGCUUGCCAUGUUCUUGCGAAGGUCUACAAUGUAACUGUUGCGCCGGUCUUAAUUUAACGGCUAUUAAAUUCACACGUAUGAUAUGCGCGAAAUUCGUUUACCUGUCCGAUGAACUCGGAGUUAAGUUGAUGGUAACUAUGAACAAUAGGGAGAUCUUCAGCAACAGUAUUUCCGCUAAAAAUCCGCCACCCUUAUGUCUCCCAUUCCCUUAUUUGCCCUUCAUAACUUUCUGCGUUCGAUUCUUCGACAUCCAUACCAUCGACAAGAAUUUACACGCGUGCAUCGACUUCGAAACGCAAAUCGUCAGCUCGCCAAUAUUAGUACUACAUUUUAACUGCGUGACAAUGGGUCUGGACGGGAUCUCUUGGUCGAAACCUGGCGAAGCUCUGCAACAAAUUGAGAGUGUCCCGCAGAAUUUAUCCGAAAACGUUGCGACUGAAGUGUACGACGAAGUGGAGUUCGAGCAGCAGGAUCUCGAGGUUUACGCGAAUUACACGUCUACGUUAUCCCCCGAGGAGGAGCUUCAAAUCGGACAAUUAAAACUAUGAUCGAUAAUUAUCAUUAUUUAUUUUAUAAAACAUCUCUGGAAACAAAAGAUUUGUUAA